AAACACCUGUAAGGGAAGAUAGGAUUUAAUUGGGAGAUUGGCAAAUGAGAGGCAUCUUUAGGACCUGCCAGGAAUAGACUCAGCCCAGCAGCUGGGCAGGGCAAAAACUGCUUUCCCUCCUUCAUUCUCCCAAUCUGUCUCAUUCAAACGGAACACUUGGAUCCCAAGACAUGUGACAUCCUUCUUUUCCCAGGUUGCACUUCAAAUUUAUCCAUCUGGGACUGUCUACUAUCAACUUUCCUUUCUUUAUUUGCUGACUUUAUCAGGUUUCAAUGAAUUAAUUGUUGGUCAUUUCAUUUAGUUUAGUUUAGUCAUUUCAUAAGUUCCUGUUUCAGUCUUAGGAAAAUGAAAGUAAAAACAAAAAGCCUCCUGACUCAGCUUCAGUCCAAGAGAUACGACUUCUAGUAAGUUAAAUUAGUCCUCCUUCAUUGUCUGAGAUGAAGCAGACUCACGUAAUACUUGCGUAAGGCCACGCAUUUAUGGAGGGGAAUCAUUGCAUGGAUGAUUGAGAAGGAAAUGCCUCCUUUGAAAGAGGAUAGCCUCUGCUUGAUCCUCCAUUUCCAACUGGCUCUUUAAUGGCUACUUGGAGUUAGAAUUUGUCCAGUUUGCCACUGAACUCUGAGACAGUGACAAUUUCUUAUUGUCUUUCCUGUUUCUGAUUCGGUUCCCACAUCUUCACGGAGAGGAUAACUGCAAUCUCAGAAGGCUAAUGUUCAAAGUGCCUUAUUUUGGAAUUUGAAAAAUAAGCCAUGUAAUAGGUUCUUGUGCUGUAUAAUAGGAAAGACCUUGGAAUUUAGGACUGGCGUGUCACACCAGGAAGAUUUGCUAAACAAGAAGGUCACCAUUUUGCCCUUAAGAGUCAAGAUCUAGUCCCAAAAUGGAAGAUAACAGUAAAAUCAAGUUUAACCAGCAGCUUCUUUCCAUUAAUGAAAAACUGGAGCCGGAGGAAAUAGAAGCCCUUAAAUUUCUCUGCAGUGACUUGAUCUCACCUAGGAAUCUUGAGGAUAUAGAGUCAGGUCACCAACUAUUCCAGAAGUUCAUGGAUGAAGAUUUAUUGAAUGAAGGAGAUUACUUCCUAGUGGCAGAGCUCCUCUUCCUAAUUAAGCACCAUAAUCUACUACAGAAAAUUGGGUAUACAAAGGAAAAAGUAAAGAAAGAACUUUCUUCCAAAAGGAAAAUUUCUUCAUACAGAGUCAUGCUUUACAACCUCUCUGAGGAAAUCACUACAGAAGAUUUUGAGCACAUCAAAUUCAUCAUGAAAGAGCAUAUCCCAAAGACAUUAAAGACCUUUUUAAGUCUCUUGAGACACAUGGAGAAACAAAACCUUUUAAGUGAGAACAAUCUGGAGAUGCUGGUGAAGAUAUGCAAGCCUUUGUCGAUAAAUCUCAUAAAAAGGAUUGAGCAAUACAAAAGCGAGAAAGGGGAGUCUGAGAGCUUGUCGGAGCAGCCUAUAACAGAAGAGUUCUUGUCAAAGUCACAAGAGGAGGAAAAGCUAAAUGUUGCAUCAGCCAUCACUGGGACCACAUCUGAUGAAAUGGAGGAGGCAAAAUUCUAUAGAAUGGAUCAUUCCCACAGAGGUCACUGCAUCAUUUUCAACAACUUUGAAUUUCAGACCAUGAAAAGAAGGAGAGGAAGUUGUAAAGAUGCAGAUGAACUAAAGAGUGUGUUUGAGUGGCUGGGAUUCACGGUGAAAAUUCAUCACAAUAAGGAAAAAAGAGAAAUGGAAGAUAUUCUGCAGCAGUGUAGCACCUCCCCGGAGCACCGAGAGAGUGACUGCUUUGUGUGCUGUGUUCUCACCCAUGGCGAAUCUGGUUCUGUGUUCUCCUCGGAUGAAGAGAAGAUAGCCAUUCGUGAACUCACCUCCUACUUCAAGGCUCACCGAUGCCCAGGCCUGGCUAACAAACCCAAGCUCUUUUUCUUCCAAGCCUGCCAAGGCCCAGAUAUUCAAGAAAGUAUGCUCCUGGAAGAAGACGCCAAAAUCUCACCUCCUAUCCAGGUUGAGAACCCUCAGAGAUACAUUCCGGUGGAAGCUGAUUUCCUCCUUGGGAUGGCCACGGUUGAUGGCUGUUGUGCUAUUCGACACACAAUAAAAGGUUCCUGGUAUAUUCAAGCCCUCUGCCAUCGGCUGAAAUGCAUGGUGCCAAGAAAUGAAGACAUUUUAACCAUCCUGACAGAAGUCAACAAUGAUGUGAGCCAACUGACUGAUGCAGAAGGAAAAAAGAAACAAAUGCCCCAGCCUGCUUUUACCCUAAGGAAAAAAGUCGUAUUUCCAGUGCCGCCUCUCUCUCCACCAUAGGAACAGGUCCCUUAACAGAAUGGCAAAAUAUCAGACGAGGAAGCAACUCAGAGUUUGUCUAGUGAAAUGCAGCCAAUGAAGAAUCUUCUCUACCAUAUGACGAAAGAUGACCACCCAAUAGCUACUUGAAGUGAAUACUUUUAUUUAUCAAAGUCUCAUUAGUUUUUGAUGCAUCUCAUUCUAAUUUUGGACAGUUCUGAUUGGCAGAAAGUGCUUCCUUGUCCUGAGCUAAAAAUGUUGUCUCCUUAUAUUAACCAUCAAGUAGUGUUAGCCCAUUUCUCUGGAGUUGUACAACAUAUAUAUCCUCCUUCCAGAAGGGGAAGAGAGUUUUUUUCAGGUACUUGAGGAGGGCAAUUUUUGCUUUUCCAGUUCUACUAACUGAGAAAUCUGUGACCUUCGACUGUUGCUCUACUUUCUUGGUGGAAAGAUAGCCUCAUGCACCAUUUGACAUCCUCUGAAUGGCAAGGCAUGAGUUGUUGGAUGAGAUGGGAAUAGUUCAGUUAUGUUUGAGUGGUAGUAUUGUAAAUAUAGUAGAACUACCCCUCAGGGACACUUUCAAUACACUCUUUAAAACCCUUAUUUUCUAUCUUAGAAUCAAUACUUUGUAUUGGUUCCAAGGUAGGAGAGUAGUAAGGGCUAGGCAAUGAGGGUUAAGUGACUUGCCCAGGGUUACACAGCUGGGAAGGGUCUGAGGGCAAACUUGAACCCAGGACCUCCCAUCUCCAGGUCUGGUUCUCUACACACGGUGCCACCUAGCUGUCCCUAGUACUUAGCUUUUGACAAAUGAUUAAGCGGUAUGGAUAGGUCUCAAUUUCAUAUCUGCCUAGCAGAGCAAGCACUCAGCCUCUCUACGGCAGGCUUUUCUACAAACUUAUUUGGCUCCUGUUACUUGAGGAUGACAUAUCUUUGCAAUCAAAAGCACACUUAUUUGGUGCCUAUAUGUUAGUAUGGCCCUGGGAAUCCUAGGUGUCAUUGCACAGGGUUGAGUGUUGAUGGAUUAACCUUUGCUAUAAAUUUGAAUCCAGUUAGUGGUAGCAUCUACUCAAAGUGAAGGAAGCACAUCUUUACCUCAAUUUAUGCAUUAGAGGGACUCAUGAGAAAUGAUGUGUUAAUCAGAAUAUCUUAGCAUUGGGACAGAACUUAAUUACAGUCCUAAAUGAAGUAAUGAACAGAGGAUUACAGAAUCUUUGAGCUAGAAUUGUCCUUAUAUACCAUCUGGGUCAGUGGUUCUUAACUUGUAGUCGGUGAAUUUAUGUGUGUGUAUGUGUAUGUGUUUACUCUUACCUUCUAUCUUAGUAAAAACUCUAAGACAGAAGGUCAAGCACUAAGUAAACAGGGUUAAGUGACUUAUCCAGGGGCACCAUUAAUUUAUUUUUAAAAAUAUUUUGAUAACUAUUUUAACAUAAUUGGCUUCCUUUGUCAUCCAAUGUAGAAUCUUUUGUGCAUUCAAAAACUUGAUUCUGAAAAGAACUCCAAAAACUUCACCAUACUACUGGAGAAGGUCAUCACACAAAAAUAGACAAAGACCCUUGAUUGAUGUUAACCCUGAUGAAUAAUCCUUCCCUCUAUAGUUUUCUGGGUAGCUAAGUGGCAUAGUAGAAAGAGUGCUGGACCUAAAUUAGGAAGACUCAUCUUCCUGAUUUCAAAUCUGGUCUCAGACACUUACUCACUGUGUGACCCUGGGCAAGUCACUUAGUUCUGUUUGCCUUAAUUCCUCAUUUGCAAAAUGAGCUAGAGAAAGAAAUUGCAAACCCCUCUAGGACCUUUGCUAAGAAAACACCAAAUGUAGUUAUGAAGAGUCAGGUAGAAGUGAACAUGAAGUUUUCCUUAAUUUUGUCAAUAAAAAGUACUUUCUCUUUUUUGGGAAAUUUUAUAAUAUUUUGUUCUAUUAUGCCCAAAGGGCUUUAAAAGACUGCCUUCCCUUUGAUCUAGUCACACCACUACUGGGUUUAUACCCCAAAGAGAUAAUAAGGAAAAAGACAUUCAAAAAUAUUCAUAGCUGCACUCUUUGUGGUGGCAAAAAAUUGGAAAAUGAGGGGAUGCCCUUCAGUUGGGGAAUGGCUGAACCAAUUGUGGUAUCUGUUGGUGAUGGAAUACUAUUGUGACCAAAGGAAAAAUGAAGUAAAGGAAUUCCAUGUGAAAUGGAACGAACUCCAAGAAUUGAUGCAGAGUGAGAGGAGCAGAACCAGGAGAACAUUGUACACAGAGACUGAUACACUGUGGUACAAUCAAAUGUAUAAUGGACUUCUAGCAGCAAUGCAAUGAUCCAGAACAAUUCGGAGGGACUUAAGAGAAAGAACACUAUCCACAUUCAGAGGAAGAACUUUGGGAGUCAAAACAGAAGAAAAAUAACUGCUUGAUCACAUGGGUUGCUGGGGAUAUGAUUGGGGUUGUAGACUCUAAAUGAUCACCCUAGUGCAAAUAUCAAUGAUAUGGAAAUAGGUCUUGAUCAAUGACAUGUAAAACCCAGUGGAAUUGUGCAUUGGCUAUGGGAGGGGCUUGGGAGGAGGGGAGAGAAAAAACAUGAAUCAUGUAACCAUGGAAAACUUUUCUUAAUCAAUUAAAUAAAAUUUUAAAAAUAAAAUGCUCAUUUUAACCUUCA